GUCGCGUGUCAAUUUGGCAGAGGCGCCUCACCUCAGCCCUAAAACACGCAACAUCCAUGGACAUCCUUGUGGGCGCAGCACCGUGCCCGAGCAAUUGCUGCUGUGGCCUGAAGGUCGUCGUCAGUCUUGCCGGCAUUUCCUCACCUGUGUGUCCAAUCAUGACGCUGAAACGGGGCUGCUUCUCGAAAAUAGACCCAUGCACCCCGCUAAGCUGUCAUCCAUCUCGGACACCCUAGAUGCUGGACUAACGCUCCUGCCUCACCACACCGCAGCACCUAUACAAAUAGCACGCCCGCCCGCGACCCGGCCGGACCUCUUUUCAUAAUGACAACUGCUGCCCAAGACGAAUUCAACGAGCUUAUGCGCGACAAGGACCGUGAAGAAAGACAUCCAGAAGACAGACACAACGACAGCGACCUCUCUGACCCCGAAUCUGAAGGCGCCGCCAACGACCGCUACGAGAUAGUAGACACAGACGACGAACUCGACAUCCCCGCCGACAUGCGUUCCAACUACUACAUGCCCUCGCACAUCCGCUCUGAAGCCAACACAGGGCCAAAGGGCGUGAUUGCAGAUGCACAGGCUUUCGAGCAGGCCAAAAAGCAGGCAAGGCGGUUCACAUGGAAGAAGGGCUCCUCACCACAGCAGUACAAUGUCACAGCCUACCAGGAUGACCGGACAUUAUCAGACGAGGAGAACGACAGUGGCUUCAUGAAGCAAUGGCGCGAGUCGAGGUUGCGGGAGCUGCAGAACGCCGGCCAGCGGAUACGGUCACGCACAAACAGCCCCAGCAGGAAGAUAUACGGUAGCAUGCCUGCGGUGGACGGUGAAGGAUAUCUUGACGCCAUUGAGAAGACAUCGUCAGACACUACGGUUGUCGUCUUUAUCUACAACGACCAGUCUGAGAUCUCCAACAUGGUCGAGGAAUGCAUGCGCGAAGUAGCAAAGCGCAACGACACAGUCCGCUUCGUGAAGCUGCACAACGUCGACGCCGAAAUGGAAGAAGAAGGCGUCCCCGCCGUCCUCGCCUACAAGGGCGGCGACAAGUUCGCCGGCCUCGUACCACUCCUCAACGAGCUGCCUGACGACUCCGAACUCAGCGCCGUCAGCCUUGAGACAGCAUUCAGAAGGCACCGCAUUCUAUAAAUACUUGUAGUACGAAAUGCACGACUAAUUCCUUCGCCUAUCGUCCUUCGGACAGUUUUAAGCGUCCGCGGAUGCACGACGCUCGGCUCCGCUGCGCUGGUGCUAAACGAGCUUUAAGACUCGGUGCGACACUCAGUGCUUUGUGUCUGCACGACUUGAGGACUCAUCACUACCUCAUCCAUUAAAGCAUGCAAUGCCGUUGAUGAUGAUGAGAUUCUAUGUUCGACGAUUUUUCUUUCUUGUCACGUUAUACUAGCGAUAUAGACUUGCAUUUCUGGGUGACUGGCGCGCUGGCGUUAAUCAGCUGUCGACUUGGGCCAUUUUUCUUACAAGAUGGAAUGGCAUUGGUGUGGUGUUAGGACUAUACCCAACAUGCUUUGCUAGAAUCAAUAUGUUAUGCACCUC